GCUAAUAUGUUUAUUAUUCAUAUCUGUACGUAGAUAACCAAGGUACAGUUGAUCAAGUACGAUUUCUGGACGCACGCCCAUAAGAUCCCAUGUUAAAAACGCAACUUUUACAUUAAUCGUUCUCGAAAGUUAGUUCGACGACCGAGGCUGAAAUUUUGGGGAAAUAUCAAGGAAGUCACAAAAAACAAUUCCUUAAAUAUUCAAAACGAUCUAUUAAUUUUCGAUUCAUCGCCCAACUACCUUAAUAUAGGUUUUACAAUACUAUGAGGUUUAGGCAUUAAUUAGACCUAUGAAAAUAUCAAAUAAAAUUAGACUUAGAAAAAUUAAAAAAUUAAGUUCAUUGGAAAUUACAGGCAUGAACUGUUCUAAUUUAAAAUCUAAGUUUUUCUCCUCUUUUAACAUAAGUAGUUCUUUUCUGCGUUGGUAUAAUCUUUUUUUUAUCUUAGCGUAAUUUCAUUUUGCUUCCAGACAAUUGUGAGCUGAAGUUAACUUCUUCGUAACUGAAAAUCAGUAUGGACAAGAAAGGCAUGAAAAUUGAAUUCAUAGAAAAGAAUUGGGUUAAAUCAAGAUAAUUAUUAUCCUUGAGAAGAGGAAAUAUUUUGCCUAUUUUACGUAUCGAAAGAAUUAAUUUGCAUGUGUACACGAGCGUAAAAAAAACAAAAAUAAACAUUACAAUUAAUAUUAAUAGAAACAAAUAUUGGUUUUAAAAUAAAAAAGUCAGGAAUCAAUGUAAAAAGUUUUCAGCUUUGGGUUCUAAGUCCCGGUCAGAAGAGCCUGAUAGAUGCCAUCUACAGAGAUUAUACUUAACUUCUUAAUAGAAACUACAACAAAAUUGAUGUUUUGGCUUGAAGAUAACUGACGUAUCUCAGUUUAUACUAGCAAACGACAAAUUCAAUAAUUGCUGCAAAUUUUCGCUUGAAAAAUUCUAAUACAUCAUAAAUUUUCAAUAAAAAGAAGAAGAGUAAUGUUGUUCAUUCUUUCUAAUUGAUAUACACGAAUCCUUGAAAUCAACUUAACUGUAAAAAAAUAUUAAUUAGUUAUUAUCAAGUAAUUACGAAACUUCUAAAGUGAGAGAACAGUGCCAGUUAUUGCUACUGACGAAGUAUUAUAAUAAGCCCUUCUAAUGCUAAUGUUGACUAUUGGAUUUGUUCGAAGGGAACCGAAAAAAUCUUCAAAUCUCAUGAAAGUACAAAAUGUUUCUUUUUGGAAAUACUACGUCAAACGUCAAUGUAGCAUCAAAAAUUAACGAUAAGCAAAACGCACAAGAAGACUCAACCACGCGCAUUAAUCGACUUUCUACGGAGGAGGAUGAUUCGUUAAAGACGAAUAACUAUGCACUGGCCAGGAGUUGCAGUACCAAUAGCGGCAGCAGCAGUGGAAUUAGCAGCUGCCAAAACGAGACAUUAUGUGCUUUCGUACAGAAUAGUCAAGCCGUUGAUGGCGAGAGUUUUUGUUCGAGCUCGACUGACGAAAUAAUCGAGCUGAGAUCGCUCAAUGAGACGGUUUUGCAUCAUCACGAAUCGCCGGAAGACGAUGAAAACAUCGAUAACAAUGACGACGUAUUCGAAACAAGGCGAGCUUUUUGUUACACACCCGAACGCCUGGUGCGCUCGCAACAGUACAGAAUCGUGUCCAGCACGCCACCCUGUCAGCCGAGCUUUGACAGUCUCUGGCCGCAGGCUCGCCGAGAAUUCGAUCGCAAUUACCAAAACUGCAUUAUCGACGCUGUCCAGCGGGAUUAUGGACUUGUCAAAGCUGCCGACUUAUCUGCACACGAAUCACCGACUAAUUACACAGGAUGUGGAAGGUCCAGCUUUAAAAUUGAAGGUCGUAAAAACUACCAACAUCACCAGAAUCCGAGAGAGCAGAACAAUGAUUUUUUCCAGAGAGAUAAAAGUAGCACGACAGAAAAAAAUCAAGUUACCGGUAUACCGUUUGCUACUUUCAGAGCCGAGCACGAUCGUGAAGAUCUCGCUUACGUAUCGUUCGAGUACGAUUUCACGCCUAAUAACCAGUUCAGUAAUUUAAAGAUCAACGAAGUAACGUCAAUUCUGUCUGAAUUGGAAACGAAUCCGAAUCUUGCGAAACAGCUGUUACUGGAGGAUGAAGAUCGGUUCCUUACUUGUUCAGGUUCUCGACACGAUUGUUUAACUAGAUUGCUUCUAACCAUUGAGCCUGACCAACAACAGCAGCAAACGGGAAUUAUUCAAACUUUGACACCUCGCUUAAUUGAAAAAAUCAAGGUAUUUCCUCAACCUGGGUCAGCUGAAACGCUGACUGUUGAGCGACCGAAUCCUUGUGUCCUUGGAUUAAAAAAAUUAUACGAAAAAAUAGAGCGAUUGAAGAGUUCUGGAUGUCAACUAAAGAAGGAGAUAGAUAAACUUAAGGCAGAUUUUUCGAACGACGAAGAGAUCCUCGACACUCUUUUAGGUGGAGUUAUCAAAUUUCGAAAUGAGAUGUACGAAUUUAAGUUCACAAACGAUCUCGUGAAACUUUUAAAAGGUGAUCUUGAAAAAGUAUCAAACAGAAAUUGGCCUUUUAAAACAGGCCACACCAGUUACGGAACCAAAGAGUUAAAUUUUAUAAUAUAGUUCAUCAAAGUCAGCACGUGUACAUUUUCAUCAACUAUUGAUCAUCAAUAAAUGAUUUAUAUGUACAAGAUUAUUUGUUUUUUUCUGCUGUAUCUGUAACAAUCGAGGCAGCGCAAUUGUUUUUAUUGUUAACGUAACAAACAUGAUUUACUUAUAUCAAAUAAAAGUAACCGUUUUUAGAAAAA